AGGUGGGCUGAGUCUGUCUUUUGCAUCCAAGCCCUCCCUCUGCUGUGUGGGUGUGGUGGGCCAUCUGGAAUUACAGUGUUCACGGGUUACUGGGCAGGAGAAUGAGAGAUGCAUCAUGCGGACACUCUCGUUGAUCAUACAGAGGAUAUAGCUCCUGCAUAUGAGUGUUGGGAGGCGGCUGCAUUGAUUUCGACAGGGACUGGCUGAGCAGACGGGACGAGCUGAGGGAGAGCUAUGGAUGUUCAGCGUCUGGUGUUUGCAUUAUUCAUGUGUUAAAGGUUCUCAGAGGGGAGAGACAGAGCGGGAACAGACAUUGUUCUGUGAAGCAUCCAUGGAAGCAAUUGGAGAAACUUCAUUUCCAGAUGACUCUGGGAGCCAAAGCCUGUGUCCAGACCCUCACGCAGGCGCUGCUGUGGCCCCGGGCUGGGCCCACCUCCACAAACCCAUCAUUGUGAUGGUGAUGGGAUCUCUGAUGUGCGCUGCAGGCGGACUCCUCUUCCUCCUCCAGUCAUUAGGGGUGAUUGAGUCAUCCAGCUCCGUGGCCUCGGCCUGCCUGUCCAUAGGUCUGAUGUUCGUCGUGAUGGGGCUUGUUUGGAUCCCCAUACUGAAGGAGAAGCAGAGGCGGAAGUGGUACAGCCAGGGGGCUCGAAUAGAAGUGACUCUAUAAUGUGGAAGUGGUUGUUUUUGUCAGUGAUGAUGCAACUUCUUUUGAAACAUCCAGUGCAGUCACAGAGCUGGUGUGGUUCUUGCUGAUAACCGCUUGCGUACAUUGCACUUUGACCACUGCAGGUUAUUUCAUGUUGAGUCAAUGAGGAUUGCACUUCACUGUCCUACUGAUACACAUCUGGACUAACUUCUGUCUUGUUUGGAGGAUCUUCACUUGCACCAUGUCCACAUCUGUACAGGUAGAGCCAGUCAUGGAGAGAAGGUAUGAAGGAGUCGGCCGCUGCAAGUGCUCGUUCUGGUUCGCAGUGGCCCACGACAUACUCGGUGUCUUCAUCAUGAUGGUGGGAGUGUUCGGAGGGCUGGUUAUCCACGAUCUGUUCAUCUACGCGGGGGCUAUCAUCAUCUUCCUCAGCCUGAUCUGGUGGGUGUUCUGGUACUCCGGGAACAUCGACGUGCCACCUGAAGAGCUGGAGGAUGAUGUGGGCCUGAUCAAGCUGAAGAACCGCGGACUCAGCCGGGUGGUGAGGCGCGUGUCCGACCGCCUCUCCAGCAGGAUCAGGAACUCUUUCAGAAGGAGCGGCCCAUCCAUCAAAGCAGACCCCGCAGUCAACAACAGACCUUCAAACACUGGUUCAGAGGUGCCACUCUCCACUAUCUAUGACACCACCAUGGCCUCCUCAUCUAAAGAACUUGUCAGAGAGACAUUGUCAAUAUGAACUACCCCAUUACAGACUGUAAAUGACACACAGAGACACUGAACCUGAACUUAUUUGUUUCCUUUGCUUGUCAGUUUGAAAGGGAUUUUGUGUUUGUUCUGCUAACACACACUAGUAAUCAUUAGACAGCAUUUAAGUCUUGCCUAGAUAGCAUCCACAUGUUCUUAUCUCGUUGAUAAGAUGUAAACUUUGCACACCAUAACAGUGUUGCAGAUGGCUCUGAUUUACAGCAUGUUCAUCAGUCACUAGUCUGUCAUCGUAAAGUCAUGUGUGGUUGAUUCAGAGACCUUACAGAGAAGGGAUGUAGUAACUGUAAAUAGAAAAAAAGGUUGUAACAAGAGAUUUGUUACGAUGAGACUGACUCUUAUUUGGAUAAUGUGUGACCUGAAUACUUUUUUUUGUACUAGGACAGCAGUGGAAAUUAACCAAAAGCAGCAAGUUUACUUAUUUAUUUCAUGUAUAACAUUAAACUGAAACCUUAUAAUUUUUGUUGUAUCACAUGCCAAAUAGAUAAAGUACAGCUCAGUUUCAAAAUUCAACCACUAGAUGUCGUCUGUCACUAGCUUCACUCCCUUAGGUUUCCAUUCUCUCCCAAACAAUUUUGUGUUAUGAAUGAAUAUGUGAAUAUAUUUGAGUACUGUGCAGGUACAUUUCCUGCUUUUGCAAGGCAAAGUGAAAACAGCUCCUCAGUUAUAACCUGUGCACACACACCAAUUUGUGUCCAGGAGAAGUCCAAAAUAAACAUGUUUUCCCUCUUC